AUGCCAGACCCUGCGGAUCCCAGUCAACGGCACAACGGCCAUGUAGCAGUAGUAAGCAACACAAAGUGGGAUUCCAGACCUUGUUGGUCAGGACACAAGGCACGGGUGGAAAAGUACCUUCCUGACAUGCUCGAGUAUUACGAGGACCGGAGUACUGGGAAGAUCGAAGAAACCCCCUUUGAUGGGUGGGAAGAUGAGGUGUGCGAGCUUGGAGCAGCAAGGUUGAAUGCGAUAGCAACUAGCUAUGUCGAACAAGCAUUUUUCAAAAUGGACUACACCCAUGGGUUUACGGGACGAGGAGUGUUGCCGGGAGCGUUGGAGACACCAUGUCUUGUUGGACCGCGGAACGAAACACUCGAAGACGAUGUUGGUCCCUUUGGAGAGUCGAGGGAUGAACAGGUCGACCGGCCCCUUUGGAGAGCGAUAGAUAACGGAAUGAUCGCUCCUUCGAGAGAGUCAGAAGACGACGACGAUAUCGGUCCUUCGGGAGAGCCGAGGGACGACGAAGAAGUUGGUCCCUUUGGAGAAUCCAGAGCUGAAGACAAAGGUCUUCGCCAAGGUCACCGUGGGGAGGAAAAAGAAGAGGAAAAAGAAGAAUGCGGCAGCCCUGAAAACAUGACCGAACUCAUGCAGCUGGCCGCAAAGUCUGUGGGGAUAAUGUCAGGGGUCCCCGCCGAUACAGGAGAUGCCUCAUCCUCUCGUACCGCCACCAUUCUCCCUACAGAGACGCAGGCACCACUUACCUCCCCACAUCCCCCACUUGCAUCAACGAGGUCUACACCAUCAAAAAAGCGAGCAAGGGACUGGGAAGACGACGCAAAAGACGAAGAGUUCCCGUCACAGCAAAAGCGAGUGCGUAUGGAUGGAAUCCUAGGGAUUGUUAGAAAGGAUGCCAAUGCUCCCAAAAGUCCCCAGAACGUCGAAACAGUCAUGACGCCAGAGACACAGCAGUCUAGGAAGCGAGCAAGGAGUGUUGACGAUAACUCCGAGGAUGGUGAGACCAAGCCGACACGAAAGCGCCUACGCCUCUACCAGCAAAUAGAGGAGGUCCGUGAGAGUGAUGAAGAGUACAUCACUGAUGGCCAGACUGAUGUUGCCAACAAUGACGAAUCGACCCUCGUCUAUCAGGACAGCUCGAGAUGCGAGACACAAGAAGUCGCCAAGGUCGAAAAAGAUGCCACAAGAAUGCAAUUCCACAAGCGACCCUCCGUCGAGGAUGAGAGCCCCACCAAUGAAGAGGAGGCAUUGGGCCAGGAGACUCCUUCAGCAGAAACCGCACUCCCUGCCGAGGAAGAGUGGGACACCGCACAUGGUAUCAACUCCAAGUGUGCAAACAUACGCGUUUCCGGGCAAGGCGUGUGGACCGUUAUCGGGAAGUGGAGGAAUCUCUAUCUUCCCACAUCCACAGGCUUACCUGACAGACCCUGGACUGAGGAAGAGAAAGAAGAUCUCCGGGUUUACGUCCAAGACUAUAGAAUCAAAAAUUGGGCACUGUUAUCUCGGUCCACGAAUAGGCCUGAGGAGGAGUUACAGGACAUGUACCGUGAGGUCGCCACCGCCCGAAACAUCCAGGCUGGACGACCUGAACGCGCCGGAAUCCCAGAGAGAGAUUCCCAUUCCGCUCCGCCGCCAGAGCCCCGAAAGCUUCGAUCUCGUAGUCAGAAAGGCAAGAAGACCAAGAAGAACAACCUCGGUGACCUCACGUACGACGUGAAAGCAACAAGCUUCCCGAAGAUUACGAAGGAUGGAGGCAUGGUGGACUCAAAGGGGGAUACUCUUCUCGGAAUCAUGGGUGAUAUCUCCAGCGCUACAAAGCGUCGGCAGCCGAAGCCAAAGCAGGAGGACGCUAGCAGCAGCUUUGGAGGCGCGGAGGAUUCUAAAAACCAUGAAUCCUCCGAGGCGGAAAUGGAGGAUGGUAGCGGAUCGGAGAUCGAAGAAGGGGAGAUUAUCGAGUCCGCAGAGCGAAGUCGUGAACAAGCGCCAUCGCCAUCGCCAUCGCCAACGCCAUCGCCAGAGCCUAUGAGCAAGACGGGUCCCCUGAACGCCAGCGUGGAGGAAGAAGAAGAAGAUCCAAAGGCCAAGCAAGAAGACCCUGAUCAGGGGCAGCAAGUGCCAACCCGGCCAACAUCCGAAGUCGAGACAACCUCGGCCAGAGGUCCUCUGGGUCCCAAAUUCGCCGGAGUUUGCAAACUGUCUGGGUCGUCACGUCGGGGUGUACCGCGGAAUGCGGCAGGGUUGAGGAAGCGGUCGCCAGAGUAG